GAGGCGGAGUGGAGUGAUAUUUGUUGCUGUUUACUGUGAGAUUCGUUCUCGCACGCGUUCGCGGUCCGCGGGCUCGCGUGCACAGGUUCGUUAUCUCCUGCAAUCCCCCCCUCCCUCUGUUCCCCUCCCCUCUUCUUUAACCCUCAGCGUGCGCUGCUCGUUGGUCGCCGUAAAGCGUUUUUUCCUCCCGGUAGGACAUCAUGGAAAGGAAGUGGUGCUGAAGGCGAUCCAAAACCUGAAGUGAAAGUUGUUAACAUCAGAACUCCCUGCCCCUCAGGACUAAGAGCUGAGCUCCGAUUGGAGGAAUGAAGCGCCGAUCCACUCCACUGCAGUGAUCAGGCGAGGAGACUCCAGUGGUGACGUCCUGUGGAGCCUCAGAUCAGAGGUGAGGAGGCUGUUUUCCUACCGCUGGAACUGGAGAUUGCUUUGAAUAAGCAAGUUCUUGUAGAAGGUUUUUAAGUCAUGAUGCAAGACUCUGGCACUGAAACGACAAGUAAUGGAGCAGCCAAUCAGAACGGAGGUUCAAACAUGGAGGGUGGACCCCGGGAGGGACGUCCCAAAAGUGCCACACCGUCGGUGGACGUGACUGCUGCUGACCUCCUGCACCUCCAGCAGCACCAGGCUUUCCAAGUGGCUCGACAAAUUCUUCUCCAGCAGCAACAGCAGCAGUCCCAGUCGCAGCAGCUGCAAUCUCAACAGAACCCUGGCCGCAAAUCCCCAAAAACCGGUGACAAGCAGCAGAGCUUACAGGUUCCAGUGUCAGUGGCUAUGAUGACACCUCAAGUGAUAACUCCACAGCAAAUGCAGCAGAUUCUCCAGCAGCAAGUCCUGAGCCCUCAGCAGCUCCAGGUCCUCCUCCAGCAGCAGCAGGCCCUCAUGUUACAGCAGCAGCAACUUCAAGAGUUUUACAAAAAACAGCAGGAACAGCUUCACCUCCAGCUCCUCCAGCAGCAGCAACAUGCAGGCAGCAAGCAGAGCAAAGAGCAGCAGGUGUCAGCGCAGCAGUUGGCCUUCCAGCAGCAACUCCUGCAGGUCCAGCAAGUCCAGCAGCAACACCUGCUCAAUCUUCAGAGACAAGGACUGCUCACCAUCCAGCCAGGACAGACCGGCCUGCCGCUGCACUCGCUCACUCAGGGCAUGAUUCCAGCAGAGCUGCAACAACUAUGGAAAGAGGUGACGAACGCCCACAUGAAGGAGGAGCACAACAGCAGCAACAACGGCCACAGAGGCCUCGACCUGUCCUCCCCGGCGCCGCCAAAGAACCCGCUCCUCAACCAGCACGCCUCCACCAACGGGCAGUACAUGAGUCACAAAAGAGACGGAUCGACGUUGGAAGAGCAUUCGCCCCACAGUCACCCUCUCUACGGCCACGGCGUUUGCAAAUGGCCCGGCUGUGAGGCUGUUUUUGAUGAUUUCCAGUCAUUCCUCAAGCAUCUCAACAAUGAGCACGCCCUGGACGACAGGAGCACGGCCCAGUGUCGGGUGCAAAUGCAGGUCGUCCAGCAGCUGGAGCUGCAGCUAGCGAAAGACAAAGAGCGACUGCAAGCCAUGAUGACGCAUCUUCAUGUCAAGUCCACAGAGCCCAAAGCCACCCCGCAGCCGCUCAACCUCGUCUCCAACGUCACCUUGUCCAAGUCGGCCCCCGAGGCUUCUCCUCCUCUGAGCCUCCCACAGACCCCCACCACCCCCACGGCGCCCCUCACACCUCUCUCCCAGACCCACUCCGUCAUCACAGCCAACAGCCUCCACAGCGUAGGGCCGAUGCGACGGCGCUACUCUGAAAAGUACAACAUGCCCAUCUCUCCAGAUAUCAGUCAGAACAAAGAGUUUUACAUGAAUGCAGAUGUUAGGCCACCAUUCACCUAUGCCUCGUUAAUAAGACAGGCAAUCCUCGAAUCCCCAGAAAAGCAGCUAACACUAAAUGAAAUCUACAACUGGUUCACACGAAUGUUUGCAUAUUUUAGGCGCAACGCAGCAACAUGGAAGGGUGCCGUUCGCACCAACCUUUCCCUGCAUAAGUGCUUUGUGCGAGUAGAGGAUGGGUUUGGGUCAUAUUGGACUGUUGAUGAGGAGGAGUUUAAGCACGGCCGCCACGUUCAGAGAGGCCGCCCUCGGAAAUGCGCCGCAGAUGAGAACUUUGAGGAGCUGAUCGUACAAAGUCCAGCACUCGUAAAGAACAUUCAGACCAGCCUGGGCUAUGGUCCAACUCUCUCUGCUGCCUUCCAGGCUUCAAUGGCAGAAAACAACAUACCUCUAUACACUACUGCUUCCAUUGGAAGUCCCACACUCAACUCCCUGGCCAACGCCAUCCGUGAGGAGAUGAAUGGAGCGAUGGACCAUGGAAACAGCAACGGGAGUGACAGCAGCCCAGGACGCUCGCCCCUGCCAGCUAUGCAUCACAUCAGCGUUAAGGAGGAACCACUGGACCCCGAAGACCAUGACGGACCCCUCUCCCUGGUCACGACGGCAAAUCACAGUCCGGAUUUCGAUCACCACAGAGAUUACGAUGACGACGUCGGCCAUGACGACAUGUUGUAAGGCUUAGGCGGUGUGGGAGACGGAAUCACCAGACUGCAGUCUCAGCCACCCUGAUGUCUCCCAGCUGACGUUUUAGUGCCAUUACAAAACAUAGCAAGAACAGUGGAGGGAAAAAACACAGAAACACCCCCCAUGAGGGGGUUCUUUUGAUUUCAGAUGCUUUCUACCGAUGAUUUCAGUAAGCGCUUAAAAAGUGAAAACAAACGUCAUUUGUACUCAUGUGUUGGAGGGAUCUGUUUGGUACCGGGGUGGAGGCAACGAUGGACCCUGGCUGCACAGCCAUGACGGACUGCACUCAGCAGACAGUGAGAGUGGCUCUGUAUGCCCCACCCUGCCACCCUCCCUCUGAGACACACACAUGUGACCAUAAACUGAAGAGAGAGAUAAAGACGAGACAUUUAAUUUACACAAUGUGUGUGUGUAUUUGUGAGAGAGAGCGAAUGAGUUCAUUGUCACUGCCUUCAACACUUCUUAUUGGUUUGGUUCCAUCAAAGGUGGGAGGGACUUUGUGUUUUGGUUUUUCAAGGGUUGGGGGGUCUAUUUUGUUGUUUCUAAGAGGAGAGGUCCAAAAAUAUCAAGUUGACGUGUUCUAUCCCUCAUUCAGUGCUGUUUCUACAUGUUGCAUCUUUAUUUGUGAUUAUUUCUUGAAACUGAUCAGACCUCAUGCUCGUGCUGUGGAGAUUCUGUGCGGUCACCACUUGAUGAUGAAUGUUUAUGAUUUCCUCUCAUGCUGUCCUUUUAAAAAUCCACACACGCGAUGCAGAAUGUCAGAUACCAAGUAGUAUUUUUCUGUCAUUUAUUCACUUUCUUUCCAAACAAAAAGAAAGAAGAAAACUCGCCCUGCUCUGCACCUCUCUCCCUCCUGCUCGUGAAGUCCAUUGGCAAUGCACUACUCAUAAUGAAGGCUCUCUCCACGCAUCAAUGAAGUUUAAUUUAAGAUGCGAAUGAAUGACAGAGAAAUCAUGCAGGUUAUGAUUUAUCCUUAUGAAAUUAUUCUUUAAAACAGCCCCUCACGGCAGAGCGUGCUGAACCGCAACACAAUUUCUGAUCACUUACAAGCUCUUGGUUCUAUUUUUUAUUUUCCAAAGCCAAAUGAAAAUGUCAGGUGUGCAUCGGCGAGAUAAUGAUUUAGACCAACUAAUUGUGAUUCCUGAACACAGCCGUCGUUGUUAAUCAAACGCGUCUGCUUCCCCGUGCUGUUAUUUCAUGCAGCGCUUGAAGACAAAGCCCCGUUCCCUGUAGUUUUAUUCAUAUCACGUGCAUGACUAGCUUCGAGUUUUGAGCGUUAAUAACACGCACCCCUGGUGGAACGCGAAGGGAACGACUCUGACAACGUUUCACAUUCCAGAAUUUGACAGCAAAUAUCAAACUGUACGCUGAUGACUGUUCAGUGUCUCCCCCAAAAUUAAGAGUGGACUUGUGAUGCAGCAAAGAGAAAUUCCAGCUUUCCUAUUUUGAAAUAGGAGACUAUUCAUUUCAAAACUGCAAUCAACCACUUUAAAAGAUCUUAUUUAUUCUCAGUUUUAUGUUUAUUUUCUGUUCUUUUUGUCAAUAUGUUUUACUAUCUUGUCUUGACAACCAAAGAUAAACUACAAAGUCAAUGUUGUUUGUUCUAAGCAGGCAUGGGCAGGUAACUGGGAACAAUGUGUGCCGAGGUUCAUAAAACCAGCUUAUAUUUACAUAAUAAUUUUAAUAAUAAAAAAAAAAAGUCCAAUCAAAAGUCACAAGUAGCAUUUUUUGCUGACUGCUUUGACGCUGGCUGAACUACAGCCAUGAUGCAUUUCUCAUUAUCGCUAAGACUAAUUGGCUUUACUGUCAACAUUUUUUUGCAGUUCAGUUUUAAUCAGUUAUAAAAUAUAUUUUUGCCUAAAUUCCAGGAAAAGCGUAGAAUUACCAGAUUGAGACUCACACCGGCCCAUGCCUUGUUCAAUGCAAUAGCAAAAACGGCCAAAUAUGUCUUCUCCAUUCGCUCUGCUAUCCGACCAUCUCGGCAGCACUGACAGAUGGAGUCAGAAAAAAAAAGAAACACUUCUCAAAGUGAUGUUUUUAUUCUUUUUUUCUUAUUAUUUUAAACCAAAGGGGUUGAUUUAAAUAGGAGAGCUGCGGUGAUGCUUUGCAGUGACCAAAACUGAACCGGAGGAGCUGACAGGGUGACCACAUGACGACCAAAAUCAGAGAAAUCUUUAGUCUUUGGGGCCAGUGAGUGGGAACAAGACAAAGGCAGGAGGUUUUUGGUCUGGAGCAGGUUUCUGUGCUGAAAAAUAAAAGCUAAUGACAUAAAGCAUACUGGUCAAUGGAAAACAAUGUGAACGAAUUCAUGUCUCAACUGGACCACACAGUGAUUCUUUUCUUUUAUUCCUUCCUCUUUUUGUAUCCUUUAAAAUGAUUGUACACCACUUUAAAAUUAAUUUUUUGGUCAAGACCUUAUGAUUGUGUUUAGUUUCUGUCAACUUAUUGCUUUUUAUAUUAAAAAAACACUCCUGUCAACUAAUAAGCUGGGUACCAGGUACUUCAUGGUAGUUUUUACUUGUGUCCUGUUUAAGGUCACUGCUCAUUGACUAAAAGGAGAAAGCCCAUCUGCGGUUUUCCAGAAGAUGUAUUUAAUAUCAAGGCAGCUGUGGGACGGGUCAGUUCCAGCCGUGCUGGGAUCGUGAGAACGGGUCCCGGCUCAUCCACAAAGCCUCGGCCGUCGGGCCGAUUUGUUUGGUAUUCGUAACAAGUAGGGGAAAAAAGCACUGUUAGAUUAGAUCACUCUCGGCAUGUGUUGCUUGACAUUACUAAAGAUAACAGCAUGAGAAAACGGUUAGGACGCAAACCUAUAGGGAACGAUUGGGUUCAGUGAGAAAAAUAAACAUUUCACUCGGUCGCAUUUAGCCGUGCGGCUUGCAUGUGUAGACUGAUAAUGUAGGGAAAAAAUGACCAAAAAGGAAAGAAAUCUGAUCUUCUUCACACUGACGGUUCUCUGGUUUUUAAAAAAAAUAUAUAUCAUUUAAUGUGAAGCAUCACCAAGCUGUGUGGCAUUGUUUGUCCCGUCGAAGGCUUUUCCUCUGAUGUGCCGAAGGGUUGGUUUAAGGGAGCUUCAGCUUCCUUUUUUUUUCUUUUCUCUCUCUGAAGAUCACACCAUUUGCUUCAUGGCGUCUGCUUUGUAUUAAGUAUGGGGAAAAAAAAUGAACUACUGUAUGUAUCUGAAAAGAAAAUUGCUGCAAAUGUAUUUUACUUAAUAAUCCUUGCUUUACAAAAUGAAAGGGGGAAAAAAAAUAGCAUUUGGGUAAGGGCAGAGGAGUUGUCCCAGAUUUUUGGGAUUUUAACCUGUAUUAUAGGAAACAGACUUUACUCUGUUAUCACUGACCUGAGCAUUUUGUACAGAUUUCUGUCCCUGUUUGUGUUAAGAUGUUUUUUGAUACUUCCUUUAGAUGGUCCAACCACUGCCUUCUGUGGCUGGAUGUUAGAGACCACCUGCUCACAGAUGGAGGUACAUUGCAUGACUAAUCCCAGAGUCAGAGAUUGUGGGGGGGUGGGGCGUGGUCAGUAAUAAUAUAAGGGUGUAUCAAUCUAAUGAUAUUUUAUAUGAAAUUAUUUGAAAAAAGGAAGUAAAGUAUGCAGUGCCAAGGUGUAAAGACUAUUGAUAAAAGCUCUUUUUUUCCGCCCCCUUUUACGAAUCUUUUUCUCCCUUACAUCAAAGAUGUUUCCACUUUUUCGUAUUUCCUUUUUUCCCCUAAAGUGGUCAUUGUCAGAGUCAAACCAAGCACAGCAGGUGGAUCGCAGGCUUUAUGCUGUUGGAGUAUAAUGCUCUUUAAACUGCACAUCCCCCUAAUUUCGUAGACACAAACACUGAAAAUGCCAUGGCUUCAUCCAUCACCGCCAUCCGGCCUGCCAUCAUUCCGUCCCCCUCUGUUCUUCUGCUCUCAGAUCACACUUUUGUUUAAAGACGGAGAGAAAGAGGAGCGUGGGGGGGCUAUCACGGUGCUCUCAUCCUCCAGGAGCUUUUCACUUUUCUUGUUUCCUUUUCAAAUGUUCUCUGGAGUUUAGCUUUUUUUUCCACCCUUAUGUUGUUUUAAAAUAGAGAAAUAUGAUUACUCAUCACCUCCAUGAGUCUGUAACCUCAUCAUUCCUCGUCUUUUGGAUGCCAACCACUCUGUUGUAGUCAGUGGGAAUGACUGACGUGAGCAUUCUAAACAUGCAAUAAAAUGCUGGUUGUUCAAACUGUU